GUCAGCCGGAAGCAGGAAGCGGUGAGUGGAGCCAAACAGGAAGUGACGCAACCAGUAGGGAGAAAAAGAAGAGAGAAGGCAAGACACAACCGGGUCUCUCUGCACAUCUUUGGCAGGAAACGAUGAGUAACCCAGGAGGGUUGGUGACCAAUCGCGGGCGGCGUUUCAAAUGGGCCAUUGAACUCAGUGGACCUGGCAGCGGAAGCAGGAGCCGGAGUGACCGGAGCAGUGGUCAGGGGGACACUCUCUAUCCCAUAGGCUACUCAGACAAACAGGUGCCAGAUACAAGCGUCCAAGAGACAGAUCGCAUCCUCGUGGAAAAGCGCUGCUGGGAUAUCGCCCUGGGUCCCAUGAAGCAAAUCCCCAUGAACUUGUUCAUCAUGUACAUGGCAGGCAACACCAUCUCCAUUUUCCCCACCAUGAUGGUUUGUAUGAUGGCCUGGAGGCCCAUCCAAGCCCUCAUGUCCAUCUCUGCUACCUUCAAAUUACUGGAGAGCUCAAGCCAAAAGUUUCUGCAGGGUCUGGUGUACUUAAUUGGAAACCUCAUAGGGCUGGCCUUGGCGGUUUACAAAUGCCAGUCGAUGGGCCUGUUGCCAACUCAUGCUUCUGACUGGCUUGCUUUUAUUGAGCCACCGGAGCGCAUGGAGUUCACAGGUGGGGGUCUUAUUCUAUGACCCUACUCAGAAACCAGUGACUGCAUUAAAUGUCUGGAUCACAGGAUGUCCUUUUCUCAUUCAUCCCGAUUCCUUCAUAAAGCUGCCGAUUAAGUGAACUUCUGUGCUAAGGAAGAUGAGAUGACAAAGGCGGAGACUGAAGGAACAGGCUGCAAAGGACUGAUACGUUCUGCCUGGGGAGAAGCAGGAGGCUCUUCCCGACAGGAUCUUUUCACCGUUCCCCUCUGUUGAAAGCGGAAUAAAAGUUGCUAACACA